AAACUAAGCAAUUCUGUUUUUGUCGUCCCAGACAAUAGAAAAAUACCCCAAUUUCUGCCGCAUAUGCGCUUUAUAGAGGAAUCUUCUGAUCAACUUAUCAAACCACAAGUGUGCUCUGCUGAUCAAGUCGACAAUGUCACUGCACAUGAAGAAAUAUGGGUGAAAAACUCAGGUAAAUCUUCGGCCUGUGAUACAGAGGCAGCUAAUGAUCUUAUUACAUUGGUGGGAAAUGAUCGUUUUAAGUCCUUAUUGAAAGAUAAAACCAGCAUAAAGAAGAAUGUUUGGGGACAAAUUGCAAAAGAAAUGAUGACUCUGGGCUCUGAUGAUAAUUUUGGUAAUCGAGAUCCUGGUACAGUUUGCUCUCAAAAGUGGAGGAACAUGCAAGGAAAAACUAUAACAUUCAUUCAGAAUGGAGGGCCCAAGAGCACUGGAUCAGGGAAGCUGAAGAAGCCUGCAUUUUACGAUGAAGUGAGAGAUGUCAUUAAGGAUUCUGCUAAGGCGAUCCCAGUUAAUUGUAUGGACACAAUGUCAAAUUUGUCUGAUCAGGCCUCACCAUCAUCAAGAGCAAGUAGUUCUUCAGGAAAUAAUGACAGUGCAUAUCCUCAAAAAUCCUGCCAAAGCAGCGUUAGGAAUUCUGAAGAGCCUCUGUCUGAUAACGAAGCAAAAUUAGCCUUCAACAAGGAAAAUGUGAACCCUUUUCUGAAAGUGCAAAGAACAACUAAGGCCAAGAAACAAAAAGUUGAGAGCAGUGCCAUAUUAAAUUUUUUAAAACAGGAUGCAGGAAAAAGAAAAGUGCAGAAUGAAAAUCUUAUGAAGCUUCUUGCUCAAAAAAUGGAACAAGGAAAAGAAUCAAAAAGACAAAUGUUGGAAAUCCUUUCUAAACUGCUUGAUAAGUAAUGGAAAUGACUUCUAAAUCCAUUGUCUUAAAGUAUUUAAUAUAUUAAUAUAUUGAACACUUGAAGACAAUGGAUCUAGAAGUCAUUACCAUUAUAGAA